AUGAAUCUUAAGAAAGGUCUUGAUACCUUCGCAAUCAACCUAGGGAUCGAUCAAUCCACCAUUCAAGCAGGUCCGCACAACAACUACAUCAGUGCCAACUAUGACGCCUACAACUCCUGCAGCUGUUACAACUACUUCAGCUGCUACCACUACUGUAUCUCCAACCACAACCGUGGCCCCCACAACUGCAACUCCAACCACUACUCCAACUGCAACAACUGUACCUCCAACUACAGGGUCUGCAAUCACUACUGUACCUCCUACCACAACAGCAGCCACAACUACAGAGUUUCCCACAACUACUGCAGCUCCAACCACAACUCCAGCUCUAACUACUACUUUAGCUCCAACCACAACUGCAGCUCCAACAACCUCCUUACUUCCAACAACUACAGCUUCAACAACUACAGAGCUCUAACAUCUAAAGAGGUUCCCACAACUACUGCAGCUCCAACCACUACUGAAACUCCAACCACAACUGCAGCUCCAACAACUACCUUACCUCCAACCACGACUGUAGCCACAACGACAACAGAGGUUCCCACAACUACUUCAGCUCCAACCACAACUGCAGCUCCAACAUCUACAGAGGUUCCCACAACUACUGCAGCUCCAACCACUACUGAAACUCCAACCACAACUGCAGCUCCAACAACUACCUUACCUCCAACCACGACUGUAGCCACAACGACAACAGAGGCUCCCACAACUAUUUCAGCUCCAACCACAACUGCAGCUCCAACAUCUACAGAGGUUCCCACAACUACUGCAGCUCCAACCACAACUGCAGCUCUAACAACUAACUUACCUCCAACCACGACUGUAGCCACAACAACAACAGAGGUUCCCACAACUACUUCAGCUCCAACCACAACUGCAGCUCCAACAUCUACAGAGGUUCCCACAACUACUGCAGCUCCAACCACAACUGCAGCUCUAACAACUACCUUACCUCCAACCACAACUGUGGCCACAACAUCAACAGAGGUUCCCACAACUACUGAAGCUCCAACCACAACUGCAGCUCCAACAUCUACAGAGGUUCCCACAACUACUGCAGCUCCAACCACUACUGAAACUCCAACCACAACUGCAGCUCCAACAACUACCUUACCUCCAACCACGACUGUGGCCCCAACAACUACAGAGAUUCCCACAACUACUGCAGCUCCAACCACUACUGUAGCUCCAACCACAACUGCACCACAACAACAGCAGAGGUUCCCACAACUACUGCAGCUCCAACCACAACUGCAGCUCUAA